AUGUUUGGAAAAUCGCCAUUCGGUUCAACUGGCACGUCUGCUUUUGGCAGCAGCUCAUUGUUUGGUUCAUCAUCAAAUCGACCAUUAACGGGUUUUGGAACUCAGACUGGUUCACAGUCUUCUAGUUUAUUUGGACAAAAGUCUAUUUUUGGUUCAUCUGGACAAACAUCUUCACUAUUUGGUUUUGUUGUCUUACUUAAUUUGAAUAAAGCAAUUGCAGGAAGUUCACAGCCUGCUUCAACUGCAUCCACAUCGCUAUUUGGUCAGUCGAAACCACUUUUUGGAUCAUCAACAACACAACCUACAGGCUUCAGUGGUACCACUUCAUUAUUUGGUUCAAAUCAGUCGACUUUACAAACUGGGAGCGGUGUCUUCGGAUCAGGUUUUGGAACCCCGGCCAUAUCUGGUACCACUAUCAAGUUCGAGCCUCCAACCUCUACUGACACAAUGAUCCGUAAUGGUACAAAUCAGACUAUCAGUACGAAGCAUAUUUGUAUCACUGCUAUGAAGCAAUACGAAAACAAAAGUUUAGAGGAACUAAGGUGUGAUGACUACUUAGCAAAUAGAAAAGGCCCUCAAAACAGUGGUUUGGUAUUUGGUCAAGGGACUCAAUCAUCUUCUUUAUUUGGGUCCACUCCAAAUACAACUCAGUCAUCAAUAUUUGGUCAAAAUAAACCGCUCUUUGGAGCCUCUACCGGUUUUGGGACUGCUACAACUACUUCAUCUUCAUUGUUUGGAACACCUGCAACAAACUCAUCAAUUUUUGGUAAUAAAUCAACUACUGGAGGGCUCUUUGGAACUUCGAAUGUCGCUUCUUCAUUCGGACAACCUCAGCCUACCACCGGAUUAUUUGGUGCCAAACCGGUGACGAAUUUUGGGACCCCAACAUCAUCUCUUUUUGGUGGGUCAGCAUUUGGUACUGCUACAACCUCAUCAAAUCCAUUUACAUUCGGCAGUGUUGCGCAGUCUGCGACGUCUGUAGCUUCAACUGGUCUUUUUGGGACUAAGCCUGCUACGUCUGGUUUUAGUGGUUUUGGUAUGUCCACCUCCCUGGCUUCUGGAACGCAACCUGCUAGUGGACUUUUUGGUUCCAAACCAGCAAGUGGUGGAUUGUUUGGUUCAGGAAGUCUAUUUGGCCAAACUGCUCCUUCAUCAACACCUUCUUUAUUUGGUGCAACUACAACAAAACCCGCAAAUACUUUAUUUGGUUCAAGUGCACCACAAACUACCUUCGGUCCAGCGCAACAGUCCGCAGUCAGUAGUGUUGCAUCUGUAGCACCCAUUGUUUUGGGUGCUAAUUUCAGUCAGUGGCAAAUUGAGAAAGCAGUAAUAGAUGCACAGUUAGAAUCUAGUCCAUAUGGUGAUAGUCCCUUGUUAAAAAUUUUAACUACCGAAUCAAAGGAGCAAUCAAAUAUUCCAAAUCCAGUCAGUGUUGAGAGACAAAUGCGAUUUUUGGCAUCAAAAAAAGAGUUCGCAAUAACAACAACAACGCCCAGCGGACCAUUUUCACUGGGGUCUAUACCUGCGGUGGCUUCACGCAUUAGGUCAUCAUCUAAAUCACGAGACAGUAUUGGGGACUUUACCUAUCAUUCCAUGUUUCUACCACCUGCUCUAAGUAAUUGUAAAAAAAAUGCAUCGUUGAAUCUUGAUUCUGGUAAUAAUCGGUCAGGUGAAACUAUUCCAUCUUCUGUAGACCCUUCAAACUUUCUCGGAGUGGGCAGUAGUCCAUCUCCUGCAUCAAAAUCUAAUGCAGGUGUGAAGCGACUUGAUCUAAAUGUUCUUCAUAAGUGCAUGCAAGAAAGUCGGAAAAAUUCUACUCCUUCUACAUGUCCACCAACAACAGCAAGCGGAGGUAAUGACGCAGCUGAUCAUGUGUUGGAGAAGGCAGAUGCAAACGCUGAAAUUCAAUCGACUGCUAUCGAAAAAACACCAAACAAACAAAAAAGUGUUUCAUUUCUCUUACCUCCUGGAGACAAGUCUGCAGCUAAUGAUCCCGUAGAUAACAUGCAAAUGUCCACUAAUCCUGAAACAGUAUUACCGGCUGAUUCUGAGAAGGAAACCAGUGGUAAAGCAUCAGACUUUGAUAGAACUGGUUUAUAUAUUUCUCAAAUCAAUAGUGUUCACAAGCCUCAUCCAGGUGGUAUCAUUUUGACAAGGCAAGAUUACACAUGUGAACCAUCGAUGGAAGAACUUGCCGCUAUGGCAUCACUAAAUAACGGUGUAUGCCAUAUUGAGAAUGGUUUUACAAUACGUAGACUUGCUUUUGGAAGUGUAUUCUGGCCGGGAUCAUUCGACUUACAUAAUCUAGAUUUGGAUAAGAUUGUGCACUUUCGUCAGCAUGAAGUGAUUGUAUAUCCAGAUGAUAAAUGCAAACCCCCCGUUGGAGAGGAGUUAAAUCGGUUUGCGGAAAUCAGCUUAGACCGAGUGUGGCCUCGCGACAGAAAAACUAAAGAAUUCAUCACGGAUGUUUUUCGGUUGGAAGAAAUCGGUUAUCGAGCAAAAUUGGAGCGCGCUUCCAUUAAAAUGGGAGCAGAAUUCAAAGACUACCUUCCUGAUACGGGCACUUGGGUGUUUACUGUACCACACUUUACUAAAUAUGGAUUAGUAGAAGACGACAGUGAUUACAUGAUUGAUGAUAUUCAUUUGAAAGCUCUUAAUGAUAGCAAAAUCCAGGAUGCUGUUCAACGGGCCAAAGUGCCGGAACUAAAAAUAGCUCUUGAAGGAUGCAUUAAAGAUGCAGCGAAAUCUCUUUCAGAUAAUUCUGAAGACAAUAGCAGCAGAGAUUUCUCUCAAAAAAUAAAAGAAGUAAAUGGUGAUUCUGCCUUUUUCGUCCGUGGAUUAGGUGGCACAAAUGGUUUCAAUAAGCUAUUUUCGGAGCAACAAACUGUAACUGAUUCGACUACUACAGGUCAUUUUUUCCGGUCAAGUAUGUUUCCAGAAACUGAUCAUAGAAUGGAGUUAUGGGACAACAGCGUGGUAUUUGAAGAUUUGUUGAACGAUUCUAUCAAGAUAUGUUUGGAAGAAAAAAGUAGAAUUAAGUCAUUACAAGUAGGCUUUGACCAUCCAGUCAAUAAUAUAGGGAAUUUUUUGAAAGAAGGUAAACAGACAUUCACAGGAAAGGCGAAACGACUAGGUUCAGUAAUUGAUAACUCUAAUAUGAAUGGAAGAAGUGGACGUGUUAGUUGGAAUCACGGAUGGAUCUACUGCGAAAACAGUCCUUCUCAUCCUUUGUCUGUACGAUGCUCCCAGCUGAGAUGUGCUAAUGAAGUGCCUGUUACCUACAUUAUGGAUUUGUUUCAAAAAGUUAAUACCUCAUCCAUGAUAGCAAAAAAUGGUGAUAUGAAUCAGUCAGUUGUGCAGAAUGCUUCCCAAAGCAAAUCUGAUGUGGAAUUUCUCGAUUUGAUAAACAGCUUUUUGGUUGCAUCAAAAUCUAGUGGCAUUGUGCACGAUUUAGAAGUUUUCGAAUUAUGUGAUGCACUUUUUAGUUCGCAGAUUGCAGGUAUUAUUUCAUCAUUUUAUUAUAUGAAAAAUAUUAAAAUAUCUCUGUAUAUUCAGGAAACUUCUGAUGCAGUUAGAAAUUUGUUAUUCAAUUCAAACACUACUUACACCAAAAUGCUAAAUCGUCGUGAAAACGUUGCGGAAUGGUUACAAAAGUGUUUGAUGAAGCGUGAACAAUACAUAAGUUUCCCGCAAUCAGGUCCUACAAAAAUUCUGCAUUAUAUGUUGAAUGGAGAUCUGAAAUCAGCAGUAGAUGAAGCUAUCAACAACAAUUUUCCACAUCUUGCAUUCGCACUCUCAACAUUUAAAUACACAAAAAGAGCAGCGUACAAGAAUCAGGUUUUUGUUCUUAUCGCUCUUUUUUUUAUUUUUCACAAUUUUUUGAGCCAGAUUGCUCGUUGGAAAGAAACAAAAGAAUAUAAAUUCAUAAAUGUCGAUUUAUUGAAAAUAUAUCUUAUAAUGGCUGGAGAAAUGCAAGUCAAUUUUGGUGAUCGGAUUGUUUUUGUAAAUGAGGGUCUUGAUGGACUGCAGGCAUUAAAUACAUUUGUUUGGUAUUAUGAUCCGUUCGAUGCUUCAUUAGUUGAUGUCUUGCUUGCUUUCGAAAACGAUUUGAAAUCACGGAAAGUUGAAAAUGAGUUGGAGCACAAUAUUUUUUAUGAGCUUAUUCAAUUAGCCUGUGAUAUGGGACGAUCAUUAGAUAGUAUAAUAGAACCUGACUAUAUGAAUCUGGAUUCAUUCGAUUACCAUUUAUGCUGGCAUUUGUGGCUUAUUUUGCGAAUUUGGGGGUUUAAACAUAUAUCAAAACACUCGGAACACAAGCUUCAUAUUCGAUAUUCUGAGCAACUUUGUCAGUUGGAAUUGUAUCAUUUGGCUGCAAUCGUUUUGAUGCAUCUCUCUGACUUGCAUAAUCGGAAUAAUGCGUUAAAUGGACUGUUUGAUAGAAUAGCUUAUUAUGCUGACAGAAAAACUUAUACCGAUCUAUCAAAAAUAGUUCAUCUGCCAAAUAAGUUGAUCGCUCGAUCGAGAUAUAUGCGAGCAAAAUUAGAUGGCAACGAAGAUAAAAUUUGUUUCUAUGCAUUACAAUCUGGCAUGUUUGAAGAAGCACAUUUAGUAUUUUUCGAAAAAGUUGCACCUCACAUGAUUAUAUCAGAUGAAUACGAUUCUUUUGGAAAGCUCAGUAAAUUAUUUGAAGAUGUUUGUGACCAAAUUCCAGCAUGGGGUCCAUACGGCCAGGUUUUUAUCGAUUUUUAUGGAAUGAAAAAAAAGUUAGAGGAGGUUCAAGAUGAUAAUGAGAUGAAAGAUUUAGUAGAUUUGGCUCAUUCACUUGAGUCGCGGCUUAUUGCAAUGCACGUAACUACUCCCAUACAAAAAUUGGCUGUAACAUUGAUAUCCAGAUACGUCUAUAAAAUAAUAUACGGAUAUGAAGGUACAGUAAAUGCAAAUUUGCCAUUAAGUUAUGAAGACACGUUAGAGGUUGCAAAUGAUUUGGCACUUCAUUCAUACUUCUCAGUGGAUACUCCUACUUCUUGA